UUUUUUUUUUUUUUUUUUUUUUUUUCUCUUCAUCUCUCUUAUCCCUGGUCUCAUCCAUCGAAACAAGUGAAAACCAACGCGCGCCAUCACUGACCUGUUCAUCGCUGUGGCAUCCCAUUUUCGCAGCCUGAACCUAUGAAUCCACCAUGAGCUUGCUUGAUUCGGCCCAAUCACUCCCGUCGAACAACAGCAGCAGCACCAUUACUGAUAGUACUAAUCCCGCUCAUAACGAUUCCACAGACUCUACAACUUCAGCUGAUCAAGACACCGCGUCGGGCUCACAUCAGACCCCGAUCCCAUCAGUUACAUCACCCAGUGUAUCUGCACCAGCACCCGCCUCAGCAUCCCUUUUAACUGAAUCCCAUGUAACUAGCAGUAUAUCAAGCAGCCCUGGCCUGUUGAUUAAUAGCUCGGCAUCAACCUCCUCCACCAUUGUCAGCAGUGCUGUUGAUGCAGCUUUGAGUUCUAUUAGACCCACCAUCGCAUCUCUCGAAGACUCAUCUGCCAGCUUACGAACCUUUCGUGUCCUUUAUGAUCCCUUCUUGGACGCCAGCAAGUCCAAAAAUACAACUGUGCUUUGUCGCUACCAAGAUGAUCUUACAGAAGAGGACAAAAAGGAUCCACAGGACCCACGCCGGACUGCAGCGAAUUAUAGCUAUCUCAUUUCCAAGACGAGACGAGCCUUCAAAGGCACAUUGGCACCUGUUCGACUUGAGCGCGAUAGUAAUUCAGUAGUUCAUCAUGGAGUUUUGGUCUCUCAUCUUUCCUUCUCAACCACUACAUUGGACCUGGAAAUUUUAUUUGCAGGAUGUGGAGAUAUUUUGGACAUUCUUAUUGAACGGCAUCCUGUCACUGGUGUUGGCCUUGGGUUUGGACGCGUUGUUUUCGCGGGACCAGAGGCGGAGGCAGCUGUGAAAAAAGCUGUAGAGACACUACAUGGCAAACAGAUGGAUAGAGGGCCGCUAAAGGUUAUUUCGGAUGGUAGUGGCUCAAAGUUUCGCAAGGCAAAGGCCAAUGUAGCAGCCAGGAUUGAAGCAGCCAAGGCUAAAGCAGCUCUCGCAGCAGAGUCUAGUCAUGAUCGUGACAUUUACACCAACGACGAUGAUAUGGAGAUUGAUGAUGCAUCUACACCACCUCCUAGUAAUAUGCUUUCACCAAGUUCUAGCCUUCCUUCCGCUUCUAGCUCUACAGGAUCCCUACCUGUAUCCUCUUCUACUACUAGUAAUGCUCCAACUCCAACCACCACCAUAGCCCUUCCACUCACACCCUCCACUACCCCAUCGUCCAAAGCAAAUCAACAGCAGGCAUCAGGUACGACGCCGAAACGUGUUCCAAUACCUCUUCCACCAAAUCCCCGAACACGCGUUAUUCCUUUGCCACCCAAGCCUGUCCCUAAAGAGGAUGGUGAAAUUGAGGAUGGCUCUAACAGGACAAAGACCACUCUUUCUAACAGCACUAACAGUACGCCAAGAGUACCAUUACCCACACCUCGACGGGACUGGGAAAAAACGUUGGAUCUAGGACACUCAUUAUCUUUGGAAAAUUAUAGGGUCCCGCCAAAAUCCCGGGAGAUGGACCCAUAUCGUGCAUCUCCAGUUCCACCGCUUCUAAUGUCUCCAGGAGCUAUCGGUCGACCAGAGCGGAUGAAGCAAGGAGGUAUUGUCCCAGGGUUUCAUCCCAGAGAAGACUUUUACGAUCGCCGAGGAAGCUAUUUUGACGAUAUGCAGUUCCCGCCAGAUCGAUAUGAGCGCUACCCAGGUCGCAGACGCCCGAGUCGUAGUCGGAGCCGGAGCUGGUCGAGAAGCAGGAGUAGAGAGCGCAGCUCUAGUCCUGCUUGGGGAUUGGAGGCAAAACUACAUGGCUUGGGCAUGAGGCGUGGUCGAGGAAUUCAUGCAGAAAAGCGUGUGCCUGCAGCUGAAAAUGACUACUCUGGGUGGCAAAAGGAUUUAGCAUGUCUAAUCAUCAGUCGCGACUGUCUCCCUUUUCAUCGUAUCACGGUGGAAAAUAUGAAGCAAGAGUUCGAUAAGUUUGGCCCCGAGAGAAUCGAGCGACAUGGAGAGAACUGGUACAUUCGUUUUGUUUCGCUUGAACAGGCUAGAAAAUGCCACGUUGUUCUCAAUGAAAAACCUCUCUUAGGACAACGUAUCACUAUCACACUUCAUGUGCCUGGCGAUGACAACUUGCCACCAGAGCUUCUUCCUCGCAAGGUAAAUGCCAGGGAACCAGGUCAUCGUCGUCUCUCUGACACAGGACGCAAACCUAAUCUUGGCGGCGGUGUCUCUCGCGUGAAGGCUCCCACCAAGGAAGAGUCGCUGGUACGAUGGGCAUCCGAUAUGAUUAUGAAGGAACUUUUUCAGGUGUUUUUAAAAGAUCUGGGUAGUCGUGUCAUUGGGCCUACUAUUUAUGAUUUCCUUAACCCAGCAAUUCGCAAAGCGAAGGAACUUGAACGCGCUCAUACUCAGGAACAGGAUAAGGAUUUAGAUAGUUUUAAAGGUCCAGAAGGGUCGCAGUUGCAGCAGGAUGCAUCUGUAGGAAUGGAUGAGCCUGCAAGCGGAAAGCAUAUAUCCUUAAAACCCUCAGAGCAAGGAUCAUCACGUUUAUCUUUGGAUGCCCCUCGCCAUGAUCCAAAGUUAUCCAUCAAGGACGCUCACCAACUCGCCCAUCCAGAAGUGCUUCCUAAACUGCCAAGCUUCAAAAAGAGAACACAAACAGAUCCCAACGCUGGGCAUAAGCCUCGAAUGGAGACAGAUGCUAAACGCUCCAAGAAAAAGAAGCGAUCUAAAGACAUUACAGGAAGACGAUCACGAUCUCAAAACCGAUCCCAUUCUCGCUCCCGUUCAUCUCGCUCUCGUUCUCGUUCUGGAUCUCGAAUUCGUUACCGAUCACGGUCUCGCUCCAUAUCACGAUCUCCUACGCCAUUGAGAUCGCGCCGUAACUACAAAACACAUGGUCGCUCUAGGUCUAGUUCUCGAUCAAAUUCCAGGAGUCGCUCUCGUGGCCGUCCUUCAACUAGAUAUGUAGAUUCAGAAUCUGAGACAGAGAGACAUAAGUCUGGAAACAAGAAAUUUGAACGAUCGCGUCAUUACUCUAGCGGGGCCCGUAGCGCAUCCAGCCAGGACGAAGACCGAGGACCUAUGAACAGUAGGCGACUGCAAAAGAAGGGUGGCAAAAGCUCCAGGCAUCUUUCCAAGAAGGGUAACCAAAUGGGCAACAAAAAGCAACCAAGUCUUCGGGAUUAUCUCAGUAGCAGCGAUGAUGGUAGGCGUGCGGAUGAUUUUUUGACAGAGUUUCAUCAGCGUCAACCACAGGGCGAAAGCAGUGAUGACUACAUGGACGAAGAUUUAUUGCCCUGAAAGGUAGUAGAGGCGGAGGGCUGGAAGACGACGAACGGCCCAGCAAAGCCUCGCACAAGCGUAAACGAGCACAUGACAGAACGUCCAGUCAUGAAACAGAGACAAAGAAAAAAGCAGACUCUCUUGCUUUACCAGACAUUGACUCUGGCUCAG